GCGUCGCCUCGCGUCACCGUCGCCUCACCGAAUUCUCCUGUCCCGAUCAGAUAAAGUGCGUCAACUUUGUCCGUGAGGGCGACUGGCUGGCGGUGGGUUGCGCCAACUUCUUCCAGCUUUUCAAUCUGUGGGCCGAUGGCACAAAGGAGGUGCUUCUGGAACCUUCCUACCUGGAUCUGGAUCCAUGUCUGCACAUGUUUCGUCAAGACUGCUACACAGCACAAAUGGCCAUUCCGUUGAGCUACGAGGAAUUCCUCCUUGUGUUUGACC